AUGAUUUUUCAGGAAGAGACAGGAGGAAGAAAGACAGUGGAGAAGGCAAAGAAGGAGGAGGAGGGGGAGGAGGAAGAAGCACCAAAGUCGAGUUCUCUUCCAUCUCCAGACGUCAUGCACUCACAGAUACCAUCGAGUGGAACUCCCACGCGGUUGCCAAUCCACCCCACCCUCAUUCCAGCCACAAUGCAGGUAGGCUCGAAUGGCGAACGCCAUCUCAUUCUGCACUACCCCGAUGGCCAUUCCGUUGCUACUACGACCCUUCAAAAUCAGUCGGGUCAGUUCCACCUGGUCCCAAUGCUUAACCAACCCCAGGCUCAGCCUUCCCAGACUUCCCUUCGUAUCAUCCAGACAGCUCCUGAAUUCUCCCACACCAAUCGACAACCUCUUGGCAUGCACUUAGAAACGCAUACCCAUCUUGUGAAAAAAAAGUCAGGUCAGAAGGUGGAACUGGUCUGCACUUGCCCACCUGAAUUGCACCACGGUGAGCCCCUUAAAUGUGUUUCACCUAUCUUCCAAUUCGGCAAUGGUCAGCUCAUGUGCAGUUGCGAAGUCUCACUUCCUUUCCUUUAA